AUGAAAAACCACACAAUCACAGCCUUCAUCUUAUUGGGACUGACAGAUGACCCUCAACUUCAGAUUCCCAUUUUUGUUUUUCUGUUUCUCACUUACAUGUUGAGCAUAACUGGGAAUCUAACCGUCAUAUCUCUCACUUUAGUGGAUUCCCACCUUCAAACACCCAUGUACUAUUUCCUACAAAAUUUUGCCUUAUUAGAAAUUUCAUUUACAUCUGCUUGUAUCCCUAGAUAUUUGUACAACAUAGCAACAGGUGACAGGUCAAUUACAUUUAAUAUGUGUAUUAUUCAAGCAUUUUUUACUGAUGUCUUUGGAGUAACAGAGUUUUUUCUCCUGGCCACCAUGUCCUAUGACCGCUACGUGGCCAUCUGCAAACCCCUGCAUUAUGUGACCAUCAUGAACAGCAGAGUCUGCAAGAGGCUUGUCCUCUGCUGUUGGAUGUCUGGCUUGUUGAUCAUACUACCAGUACUUAUUCUUUUUCUAAAUUUGAAAUUCUGUGAUUCAAAUGUCAUUGAUUAUUACGUCUGUGAUGCAUCUCCUAUCUUGAAGAUUUCAUGCUCAGACACAUGGCUCAUAGAGCAGUUGGUUAUUGUCUGUGCUGUGCUGACCUUCAUUCUGACCCUUGUGUGUGUUGUUCUGUCCUACGUUUACAUCAUCAAAACCAUUCUAAGAUUCCCCUCUGCCCAGCAAAGAAAAAGAGCUUUUUCUACCUGUUCUUCUCACAUGAUUGUGGUUUCCAUCACCUAUGGGAGCUGUAUCUUCAUCUAUGUCAAACCUUCAGCAAAGGAGUCAGUGGCUAUUAAUAAGGGUGUGACAGUGCUAAUAACAUCCAUUGCUCCAAUGCUGAACCCAUUCAUUUACACUCUGAGAAACAAACAAGUGAGACAAGCCUUCAGUGAUUCUUUGAAAAAACUUGCACUGAUCUCCAAGAAGUAA